GUUACCCCUCAUUCUCUCUCGAUAUUCCCAUCCCCCCACUUUGUGUGGAUGUCGAUGUUACCAACGCCGCUUAUGAGAAACCACCGAAGCAAACCUUGGAGAAAACCGCCAGCAUUGAACAAGGGAAAUCAGUGACUCCGGACUCAGCAUAAAAUUAAAGACGAGGUGCUCCACGAUAAUAAAUUCCCUUGGACAUUUGUAAGAGUAGACUGUCUUCCGACAUGAAUCCUGUGUAUAGUCCUGUCCAGCCCGGGACACCGUACGGGAACCCCAAGAACAUGGCAUACGCAGGCUAUCCUGCAGGUUAUCCUCAGACUCCUACCUAUACACCCAACCUCUACCAGACUGGCAGUCCAGGCUAUCCCCCAGUGCUGCUGGUGAAGCAGGGCUGGCCCCAGGCCUCCGGUGCUGCAGUGGCCCCAGAGGGCUCCUAUGACCUGGCCAUGGACGCAGGCUCAGAGGGCCGCCAGUACCAGGCCUCAGCCGCAGCUUUCAGAUACACUUCUGGGACGCCCUACAAGGUCCCCCCUGGUCAGUCCAAUGGGGCGCCCCCUCCCUACUCCCCGUCCCCUAACCCCUACCAGACGGCCAUGUACCCCAUCAGAAGUGCCUAUCCCCAACAGAACCUCUACGCUCAGGGUGCAUACUACACACAGCCGAUGUAUGCGGCUCAGCCUCACGUCAUCCACCACACCACGGUGGUGCAGCCCAACAGCCUCCCCAACGCCCUCUACCCUGCCCCUGUCCAACAGCCCCGCUCCAACGGCCAUAUGGCCAUGGGCAUGGUGGCCGGCACAACCAUGGCCAUGUCUGCUGGUACUCUGAUGACCACGCCUCAGCACGCCACUCAGCACAUUGGUGGACAUCCGGUCACCGUGCCAACCUACCGGCCCCAGGGGACACCUGGGUACAGCUAUGUGCCUCCUCACUGGUAGACCCCACUGGGCCCCACUCAUAUCAGUAGUCAAACAUUGCUCACAACUCAAGUCUUACAUUGGUGCAGGAGGUCUGGCAUUCAAGCACCAAGUCUGUCAGCAAGAACAAAAAACUAAAGUGCAAGGGUCACUAUGCAUUAUUUUGUGAUUUGGAAAAGCUGCUUUUUCAUGUUUUUAUUAUUUUUUACCAGCCUCAGAUUUUUGGAUUAGUUUUUUUGAUUUUGACUCUCUUAUAAUCCAGACACACACUGACCAGCAGUAUAGUACAUUUAUAGUACAUUUGUGCUAAACAAUUGUGUGUGUGUGUGUGUGUGUGUGUGUGUGUGUGUGUGUGUGUGUGUGUAUUUUUCUGUUCUGAACACUGGUUACGAAGCAAAGCCAGUCCCUUCAGCCGUGAGAAUGUACACGUCUUUGUAUGCUGCCAAAUGUUCUAAUGUUUAAAAAAACAUUGGGGAGAAAGCGCCGUACGAGUGUCGCGCCUAGUUUCUUUUGUGUUACGCCUAGAUUAUUUUCCACUUUAUUGAUUUGCAUUCCCAUUUCGGUUUAUGUUCAAACACAACCAUCUUCCAGCACAAAAUAACAAGGGUCGUCUUCCAGCUUGUAGCAACAGUGCAUUAACUUGGCUUCGUAAGAUUAUACCCACUGUAUAUCAGUCAUGUGGUAGAAGAAAGACUAAUACCGUAAGUACCGUAAUAGUUACACACCAUGUAGAGUACAUUUUCAGUAAGUUCAGUGGACAUAAUUAGCUUUUACGUCUACUAGAGUAUUGUAAGCAAUUUAAAUAUCUAUACAUGAAUAUAUAUUAUAUAUAGGAAUACUGACGUGUGAGCGAGCGCCUGCGCGCGUUUGUGGUUCUUUUGUACACGUAAAAGCUCGCCAAACUUAAAAACACACUCACAUUUAGGUAUUUCAGUUGGUAUGAGUAGUGGCACAUGUACACAAUACAUAUACAGAUUUAUAGGACAUCACACACACAGACGCAAAAGUGUAGAUAUCAUAGGAUGCGAUGGAUAGAUUGCUGGAUAGGGUCUCCCUCGUAACUUGCAGGCUAUGUUGUGAAUUGAAUCCAAUUCUAAUCUAGUGUCAACUGAAGUGCAUGGAGUUUGAAGGGUGAGACAAAUUGUCAGUUGGACCAGGGAUAGCUAAGUUGAAGGAUUCAAGGGAUUUACGGUCAAUAGAAGAGAGGGGGGUAAAGGAAUACAAGGGGAGUAGUGAGUGGAAAAAGGAAGAAAAGCAUCUAAAUUGUGUUGUGGUCAAGCAUCUAUGCUCAUAGCCUUGUGCUGCAUGCCUCCCAUUAAUCUCACAGGCUGGAGAUAAGUGUUAUUCGCAAUAAAGAUCCCAUGUGAUGUCAUGUUUACAUGUUUAAUAGAUAUCUAGGCCCUAAACUGCACCAUUUACCUGGGUCGUGUUCAGCAAGGCACGCCAGAGCAAAACGUUUUGCAUUGGAAAACGAAAAUUGGUGUUCUUAUUGGACAGAUUCAGGUAGUACCGCCCUGUUUUAGUCCUUUUCAAAACGUUUUCUCGGGAACUUAACAUGGCCCUGAUCAGUGUCACUAGUUCUUCAGGUGACCGGUAGAGGGCAGUAGUGAGGGGUGCAGGGCAGGCAGGAGAGUUAAGGCUUCUUCCGCACGCUUCAGUUUGGGUGGCGCCUAGCCGAACCGAACGAGUGGGCUCGCAUACCUUCGACCUUACCUUCGCUUGAAAAGAGAAAAAAGACGCAAUAGUACUGUUUGUUCAUUUUGGGACUACGUAGCCAAAAUAGUCCAAAUUAAUCUAGAAAUCUGUCAUUAAUUUUGAUGUUUUUGCAAAGGAGAUCUUAGUUGUGCAAUUUGACAUCUAACUAUGAUGUUUGGUGGAGUAUUUCUCAAUUGAAAACAUUUGCAUGAAAAUGAGUCGUCUAUCAUUGAAUGACAGCCAACACUUCAUUAAAGGAAUGACAGCCAACACUUCAUUGAGGAACUCCUACUGUUGACCAAUCGCCGAUGAAAGUGUGUAAACUUCGGCUGCCAAAUUUCGGCUUGCCUCGCAAGAAAAUAAUUGUGUGCACGAACAGCCGAAAAAAACCUUUGCCGAAGACCUAAACUAAUAAAAACUCCACCAAAUGUAGUCAUCAUAUAUACACAUACUGUUCCAAACUGUUUCAGAUGGGAAGCAUACGGACGCCUUUAGUGCACUGCUUGGUUGGCUCAGGGUUUUAAAAGGGCACCCUAUUCCCUUCCUAUGUAGGGCUCUGGUCAAAAGUAGGGCACUAUAUAGGGAAUUGAGUGCUAUUUGGAACACACAGGUUUUAGAAGCCAGACUGACCUCAACAGAGAUGUGUUUCAAUCCAGAGAAUUGUGUCAUCUGGUCUCGAUGUGUAUAUCGAGAGUCCAUGCAAUUGACACUAGUUCACCUGUCUUGUGAACUCUUCUAAACAAUGGCAGGUGUAAAAAUGCUCUAAAACAUUAUUUUGGACUUAGAUUAGUGAAAGGAAACAUUUAGUUGUCAUGUUGGCCAACCUGCUAGGGCCUCCCUCCUAGGCCCUCCCUCCCUUCAGAGUAGCCAAUAGAACAGGCUCAGGACAUCAUUGUUUCCAGGGCAUCCAAUAGCAGACACAAUGGAAGGGAGUUAGGAUCGUGAAGGGAAUCAUGUGUAUGAGAGGAAGAAUUUGUGUUCUAACAGGAAAUUGGGAACAUUUUUAGAAAGGUUUCAAUCAUGUCCCUUUAGUCGGGGCCAAAAACCCUAUGACAGGGGCACUGAGUUGGGAGAGGUCCGUGUGGGACAUGUGUUGACUCCAAAAUCAACCCCUAACCCGUACUCCCUAGCCUUUACUCCCUCCUUAGCCCCUACACCUGAAGACCUGAGAGGAUUGGGAUAGGUGAAAUCAAUAUGGCUGACAUUUCCACCCAGCCAAUCAGAAGGAAGAUUUUACCAUGCUUACAGUGUAUUGAUCCAGUCCGCCUACAUCCACAGGAGUGACUAGGGUGUAGGGGCUAGGGAUCCAUUUGGAAUUCAGAAAUAGAGUUGGCAAGGAAGCAGGGUUUAGCUUGGGUGGAGUUUAAAGGUUGUGAGGAGGAGUUCCAUACUAGGUUAUUAUGGUUCAGUACUAGGUUACCGUGUCAUGACCACAUAUCAGAGUUAUCAUGUGAGUGUGUCAUUAAUGUAUUGCACAAACAUCUAAAAGUAAUAAUCUAUACUAAAUACCAGGUACUUAGCUCAUAUUUUAAGAGAUUUCUUAAGAGUUCAUUUAGUUCAAUGCAUUUGAUAGGGUACUCUUUGGUCUCAAUAAACAACAACUGUAAAUUUAAGAGAAUAUCUGUUGUGAAUAAUUGCUACUGCUUUUUUUCAAUCUGCUACAAUCAGUUAACUACUACGUAAAAUGCUAAAUGCCAUUGUAUUUGCCACAGUGUUACAUCGCCAAUGGAAAUAAAACGUUUAUUUAAAGGAGAGGCAUCCUGCACCCAACAUAUGACAAUUGAUACAGUAGCAUUUGCUAGUGAACGAGGUAUAGAUGUGUAGAUGAGUGAGGCAUGUAUACAGUCCUGUGUGAGAGUUUUUUCCCAACAUGGCACUGGUCAGAUUGUGUAGAGCUAACAUUAUCCAACCACUACUCUCCCCUGUCAGUAGCCUAUCACAGAGCCAAACAGAACAAGAACAUUGAAAACAAAUCUCAAAAGUAAAUGUAUUGUGCCACAUUUUUUGGGAACAUUAGAGGGAAGACCAUCGAAAAAUAUAGCUUUGUAGUGCUAUUCACUAGAACAUGUAAUGUGAUGCAAGAGUUGAACAAUGCAUAUGACUAGUUCCACAGGCCCAAGUCCGUGAAUGCUAUGCUGAGUGCUAAAUCUUUGGAGGUUCAAAACCUCAAAAAUAAUUCAACCAUGUGUACUAUGAGUAUAACUGCAGUGUUUUAAAAAAAGGCUCAAAAGAAUGAUAAACUUUUAAUUUCUUGUAUGUAAUUUAAGCGCUUUUUACCAUAAGUGUUAUUUAAGGUUUUGUUUAUUGAUUGAUGUUUAUUAUUCUUAAGAUAGAAGAUCUUUAUUGUCAAACUCAAGUGGGUUGCCUCUUGGGGCUUCAGAGGGCAUUUCAGAACACAAGUCUGUAGGAUGAGUGGAGCAGAUGUAGAUGUGCGGAGGGACACAAUCUGGCAACCCGGUCAGAAGCAAAUGACAUACAGGUCCCUCCUACUCGCUGGCCUUUUCCCCUCAAAGACCCAGGGCAUUGAAACACGAGAGGAAUGUUCAGAGAACCAAACUGACACCAUAAACAGACGUUCCCAGAACAUCCAGGGAACCUAAUGUGCUAACUGGGCAUAGACUGAAAGUUAGCCCAGAGUCAAGUCCUAACACUACAAUUUAUGUUUAUUGAAACAUGCUAAAGUGUAUGGGUCCACAGUUUACGGACUGAAGCAUGAGAGCUGUAGCCUGGGAUUGAAACGUAUUUUGUUACGUUUCACCAUUGUUUCACUUCAUGUUAUGUAACAACCAUGCAACGUAGCAAACUCAGUUUGAAUUCUAGGCUAUGGGAACUGCUCUUGAGUGUCUCAAUGCCUGGGGUUUGAGAAGCAAGCAGCUCCACCAAGGUUGAACACACAAUCUCUUUGCUUUGUCUGUUUUCUUUGGUCACAAUGAACUUUGGCCUUGUCAAACCUUUGAUUUGAACACUAAUUUAGAGAGAGUGAAGUAUACCCUUGUGUCUUCCCCCCCAAAAUAAUCAAAGAAAUUGUUUAAAAAAGUCAGCACCUUGAGAUUAAAAUGACUUCCCAACUAAUGGCCCCCAGAGCUCUUGCAACGUUCUGUCACAUGGUUGCAGCAACACUGGCGGAAUGUUUUUGUAACAUAAGAUUGGGACGUUUGUAAAGCAGAGACCCACAUCAGACUUGUGUAUAUGAAGUGUAAAUCUGUUUUUGUUUUUAUGUCAUUCUAAUGAGGAUCAGUCAGUGAUUCUGGUGACAGAAGUAAGGCAAGUUUGUAAUUGUAUAAUACUUACUGUACGAUGUAGAACAUUCAAUAACUAUUAAAAUCUUUCCCAAAAAGCCCA